AUGUUUCGAUUCACUUUGCGAGCACAGCUCGCUCCAAUUAGCUCCAAUGGCCUUCGUUCGUUCUCAGCAUCCGCUACUUUAUUCUCCGCUACGAAGUCUCGGGGGCUCGAUCCUAGAUGGCUCUCACUGAUCAAAAGGAGGAUUGGGAAAUGCAUGAUGUUUGGAUUGAAGCCAGACCAAGUUGACGAGGGAGCCCAAAUCUUGAGCCAAUUGGCAAAGGAAUGGCGGGAACUAAUCGCUGGAAGCGAGGGAUUCCUCACAGAGGCGAAGCGGCGUAGUCUUUUCCGCCAUGGAGUGGUUUGGGGCCAUGUCAACAAUGUCACCUACGUGCGAUAUGCCGAGACUGCUCGAGUGAACUGGACCCGCAACAUUGGUACCCAUUUCGACCCCGAAAACAAGAAAGAAUGGCACAACAUGGUUGGCUCAACUGGCAUCGGUCUCAUCCUGAAGAGCAUCAAAGUUGACUACAAAUUUCCCAUGACAUCCCCUGACAAAAUCACUGUGUAUCAAAGAUUGAUCCCCGACCCAGUUGGGCACCUCUCGUCGCAAUCAGCAUUUCAACUUGAAGUGAUGAUUCUAUCUGAAGCACGUCAGCGUCCGUCUGCUCGUUGCUUUGAGGAUAUUGUGCUAUACGAUUAUAAGAAAAACCGCAAGACAGUUGACCUGCCACCAUUUGUGCUGGACCAGUUCAAUGUGAUAUGGAAGGACCAGCAACAAGAGAAGCAGAAGUGGCGGCAAAGAAUUACCGAUAUCGAAAACAGGGUCCGAACACUUGAGGUAGAAAGUUGGGACCGAAGUGAUGCUGUGGAAGACAAUGGCUCUGCAUGA